CGAGGUACUACAAGGCCAGAGUUCCAUUUUUUAAUUGGAUCGAGCUGAGCCGGAGCUGCUCCUACUGACUAUGACUGGACAGCAGUGGACUCUUUCUCAAAGUCUGACCCUGCCACCUAUAUUUGAUUGGAUGAAGCAACCAUCACUGAAGCAAUGGAUUUAGUAGCCAGCUCAACUCCAUUUAACAGGUUAGUAGCGAAAGGUAAGGCUUCAUUCCCGAGUGGACGAGAAGAAGGAGCAAGCCCUAUUAAGUGAAGGGAAGAGAAUCCAGGCUAUUUUACUUUACUAGACUAGCUACCGAGCUGACUCAACUCAAGGAAGCCGGAAAGAAAGGGCUUCAAGACAGCUUCGGCAACAGAAACUCGAGCUGAGGAAUACGGAAGAGAAGCGGAUUCAACUCAAUCUUAGCCUAAGAGCAGUUCAGAGAAGAGAAUCAAAGGUCAACGGCCAAUGGAGGAUUUCUCCCUCCCCCGGAUUCAUCUUAAACCGACCGAGAUGACAUCCAGCACGAGAGCAAGAAAAGGAAAUGGUCUCCAUGCAGCUUCAAGUCACGCCACUCUCACAUAGAAUCAUGGUCACAUCUGUAGUAUAUAUAUAGUUUAUAGAAGCGGAAUGCCAAUCGACACUGGUAGCCAUCGGGAUUGAGUUCAGCUGCUUUUGACGAUACUGACGUUUGAGUAAACGGAAGAAUGAAUCAGAUGAGCUCCAGUCUGGACUCUCAUUGGUCAAACAGGCGCAACGGGCCAAGAGAGAAUAAAAGGACACCAGAAGAGCAAGAAAAAGAGCUGUAUGAUAAGAGUCCUUAUCCUACCCACCCCAUUUUUUUAGUUUAUGGGAGUAGCAAGAACAGCUCAAUUUAAAAGGUUAGCCGCGUACCAAAGAGCUCGAUCAGCUAUUCUUUUUUUCAGUCCGGUUGACGCCACUCGAUAGGAAGAAAAGAGCAUCAAGGUUUUUCGAAGGCUUCAAGCCCUGUUUCAGCGGAGAGCAUGGAUUCCCCUGGCACCUCUCUUCCACAGCUUGGCACGUUUAAAGAAGGUGCCUACACUUUAGUGUACAAAGUGGCAUAAAGUGAUUCUUUUCGGGUUCGGUCAGGAGGGACAAAAGAGAGAUGCUUUCUAUCAGUCAAAAGCAGAUACCGCCCCCCCUCAUGCUCCCACGGUCCGCUUACCGAGGAAUAGAAAGGGAGGACCGGGGGCCAGAGCAAGUUUGGUUGGGGUAUAGAGCCGUAAGCGCGGUGGGGGGUGACAGAGGACGUGCUCGUACGGUUCAAAGAAGGGUAUGAUCAACUCGUUGAUUGUUGGGAACUUUCACUCCUCUAUAUUCGAAAUAUGCCUUUCUAGGAGCAUUACGAUCUGCAGCUCAAAUGGUCUCUUAUGAAGUCUCUAUUGGUCUUAUUCUUAUUGUGCGCCUUGUGAGCGCGUUUGGAUCCGCGAAGGCAAUCGCUCGGAUGUUCCCCUAACCCAACCCGGGAACGGACCGGAGGGAACCGCAGCAUGGGGAAUGUCCGCGUCUCGUCGCAAGGCUCAUUUUUCGUUUUUGGUCAUAGGGCAGGCGGAUUUAUCUGAUCAAGGGCCGGGGCACAAGGGUCCUGGUACUAUCCAGGUGCGAAGAACCCCGGAGGUGACUGCAAUGAGCAGAAAUCUCACUCACCGGCCUAAACGACGAGCAAACACUCGAACGUGAGAGCAAGGGAUCACCUAACGAAUGGACGAGCUCAAAGGAGGGAGGAAAGAGGAAGGCAAGAACCAUGCUUUCAGAGAAUCUUAUCUGAACUGCGAGAAUAACUGACUAAGCCAUGCCAUAAGGGUCAUUCUCCAAACGGGACGGGGUCAAGCCUUUCGAUUUUUGAGUAGGUUGGGUGACAGAUCGGCCAUAGGAGUACUCCGGGAUAUAAACCAGGGCAACCAAUGCCGAGCAUACGACGAUGCCGCCCGUUUUCAUUUCGUGGAAGUCCCCGGCAGAGGAAAGGGCUGUAGGUGAUGGCGCGUUCUGCUUCUUAUCUAGAGAGGGGCGCUGAAAUCGUUCCUAUUGGGUCGUGCGUGGCAGCUGGUAUAGAUGAAGAAAGGCGGGCGCCGAAAAGGAACCAGCCCAGCCUCUUCCAGAAAGCUUUGCUUGGUAGGCGCUGCCUAUUCACUUCAAUCGGACAAUGCUCUAAACACGAAAGUGUGACGCCCCCUUCUCCCAUGCUGAGUCACAGGCAGCGCCUCGGAAAGCGCGGACGAGCCACAUGCAGGGAAACUUGCACGUGUGGUUCUGGCCGGGGACCCCGGUAUACUGUACUAAUAUGUGUAGGUCCCCGUAAUUCGAGUGAGAUUGUCAUGGCGCAAAAGCAGAUAUGGUCCGGUAUUCCCUUGUUCCCUGUAUUGGUUAUGUUCUUCAUUUCUCGUCUAGCAGAAACUAAUCGAGCUCCGUUUGAUCUCCCAGAAGCGGAAGCUGAAUCAGUUGCAGGCUAUAAUGUAGAAUAUGCGCGGGAUGCGAUCCUUAAUAGUCCACUGUUGGCGGAAGCCAAUGUCCCGGGGACUCAUUCUGACUGAAACAAGGGGUGGGUCUUUACCAACUUAAAAAUCGAAGAUUUUAGGUAAGCCAAAAAACGUGAGCGCCCCUACGCGAGCCUUAUUGAAAACUCAAGUCAAUUUUUUAUUCUAUCUAUAUGUAUUCUAUUAAUGCGCUCAAGCAUGCGCAGAAAGCAACGAGAAAAGCCCUUUCUAUGUUAUUAGUAAAGAGCUUUUCUUGCUUGUUUAGUAAAGUCACGCUUUUCAUUUUGAUAGGAGUAGGUGCUUGCUGGGGCAGGGCACUCUUCAUUCUUCAUUCGAAACUAAUGAAUGUCGGGUCGGGGGUUUCUGCCUUGUUAUCAAAAAGGGAGUUGGGUAAAGCAAACUCCCUCCUUGGACGAGCACGGGGCUUAGUCAAGUAGAACCGGGUUGCGCUGCUUGAUGCUCCGAUCGAAAACAAAUCAGUGGGGCCAUGCCGGUACGACUGAAUAUGCGUUAAAAAGGUCCCCUACGACACAAAAAAAACCGGGCCGAACUUCUCCCGCCCGCUUCCAUAGAACAAUAUCGUGGCAACGUAGACCUAAGUGGUCAUAUUGGAUCUUUGGGAACCAUCACAAGUGCGGCCGGCCUAUAUUUAAACGAGAAUGCCGUGUCGUCCAGCGGAGCCUAGAAGAAGGUGACUCGCGCAGACAGCUGACUCCUUCUUUUCAAUAGAAAGGAAUAGCCAAACCAACCCAGCUGGCUGGUCAAUCUCAGAGAUCUUAUCGGCCGGCAAACCGGAGACGGACGACCACGGUCCCGACCUUAUCAGCACCGGAGGUGUACUAAUCAAUGAACCCACCCCCGAAACCUACUUUCUUUUCUUACAAAAUAAACCAAGCCUAACCGGUCACGACAUGUUGUUGAUAUUGAUUGAGUUUGAGGGACUUUCGCUGACUAAAUCCAUCCAUAAACCUAGACCCCGGCGACUUUCGUAACCAAAGCGUCAAGACAACAGCCAAAGGUGACCUUUGGAUUCUUAAGUAGGGGGCAAAGAGGAGCACGUAGGAAUGCCGACCACUACAUAAGCCACUGGUGGCUGAGAGAAAGCGAGCAGCACCUUGUAUAGGUUGGGCGGAGCUUGAAGAAGCGAGCCCCCAGAAAGCCAUUGCGCGCUAGCCUAGCUAGCUAGCGUUUUUCAGCUGGCUGUUAUGUUAGUUGUAGCGCGCCUUCCCUCCUUCUCUCACUUCGGAAAGAUUUCGCAGUAUUUUCUUUGGAUGACCUGGUCGAGAGAGUACGAUACAUCGGUGUAAAAGAUGGAGUGGGAUCUGUGAGGUUGGUUAUAGUAAGGCCUGGCCGGAAAGUGUUCUUGCCUCUAUCAUUGAAGGAAAGGUUGGUCAACAAUUUGGAGAGUUUGCUUCUACACGGAAACGAAGACUUUCGAGAACAAAUAUUAAACCGGGAAGAAAAAA